CCCUGUAUUUCUCAUGAAUAAAGUGGUGGCUAGAAAGAAAUGAAAGAAGAGUAGGGGUGGUGGAGACCGAGAGGAAGCUAGCUGCAGAGAGAAAGAGAGAAAUUCCCAGACCUUGACAGAGUAUAGUCAUUUGGAGAGAUACGGGAAUCAUACAGUGUUUAAGAUUCGGUGAGUGUUUCACGCGCGAGAACGAAGAAAAUCCAGAAUGGGGGUAAUAGCCGAAAUACCAUAUGCUGAAAAGGUAAUAAUUCAAUUAUAAUUUCUUUAAAUAAGUGAAUUUCAGUAGGCGAUAAAAACAUAUUUUUUAAUUUUGUAUAAAAGAAUUCGAAUUUCCUAUUGAUUUGUUUAAUUUUAAAAUAGCCAAUUUAACAUCCUUAAAAUUUUAAAUCCACCAAAAAUAAUCCGUCUGAAUUUCUCUCGUCACAUUUCUGUUAUUUCGUGCAAUUCCAGCCUGAAUUUUUCCAAUUGCAAAGUGCCAAGCAUUCUUUUCGAAUAAUUCCAAACGUGCUUGCUUUUGCAGCAAACAAAAGAGGCGGUGGAGUGGCUGGCGAAGCGGUUCUCCGAGCUCGGCGUGGUUGCGCCUGCCCAGUUGCAGUUGAUCCUGAAGCGGCAGAAAAAUGUGAACCGCCUGCUGUGCCAGUCGUCCUACCUGCUGAAAUACGCCGCCACCACCAAGCAGCCGCAGGAGGUGCGGCUGCGGCGGCUGCUGGCCUACGGAAGCGAACUUCACAUCUACACGGCCGGCAGACGCGAGUUCCCCAACGUCGGCCCCAACGAUAGCCAGUUGGGCGGCCACUUUUUCACGGUGCUGCUCGAGAUCAUUCAGCAGGCAGAUGCGGAUAACCUGCCACCAAUUAUUCAAGAGGAACCGAUUAAACGGACAGACGAUCAUCGGGAACUUAUUCAACAUUUACGUGACAAAAAUGGCGAUAUUCCUAAGGAGGCGAAAAAGGAGAACAAGCAAAUGAACAGACAAGACCGUGAUUUCAGAAACAAGGAAAAGUACCCCCUUUUGAGGAUCCUCGAGGAGUACCUGAAUCCGGCGAACGGAUGGCCGCUGCGGAAGUGCGCCGUGUUCGCGCUGGCCGUGUGCGUUCAGUACGACUGCAACCAGAAUCAGAAGAACGGCUUUUACAGGCUUGCCGAGAAGUACCUGCAGUCUGAGGAGGACUUUUUCUAUUUCGUCCAGAUGCAGUCCAUGAAGAAUAUCGAGCUGAUUAUAAAGCCCGAAUGCAAUAGAAAAGGGAAUCGGAAUCGGGAUGGGAAUAGGAAGCAAAACGGGAACAGUACUGACGACUCUCCUGACGCUCCUGACAGUAAGACGAAUGACAAGACAAGGCGGAUUAGACGGGGUGGUUGGGGUGGCGGCAUGCGCACCCUGGUGAAUCGAUGGUACAAACAGCAGGACCCGGCGGCUCUGCUGAAAAGUGCGUCCCACCUCAAGGGCCGCCAAGGCUGGAAACACUCAGACCUGUUUAAAAUGGCACACGUCCCGUUCUCCGCGUUCAAGGAAAAAGGUUCUCCGUACGAAUUCGUAAUCUACUUCAUAAUGCACGGCUACGAGAAGACGAUGAACACUUACGCCAACAAUGCAGAAAUGGUGCCACUGAUGCGCGUGUUGGAACAGCACCACAAGGCAACACUGAGCCCGAAGGACAGGUGCGCCAUCAUCAAAACCUUCGGACUGAAAGCGGAUCAGGUCAGGUCCGACUGGUUGACCAAAGACACGUGGCCGGCCUUGGUGGCCAACAUGACGGCCCAGGAAGUGGUGCAGAAUAUGCCGACCCUCUGGAUGAUCGACUUGGACGAAAAUUCAAAAGUGUGGAAGGCGGCCGCCAAGGUGCUGAUGGCCGCUGACCCCUCCGACUUCUACCUCGACCCCACCAGCAUCUAUGUUGUCAAAAUGAACUACCUCUUGGCCAUGCAAUUCGAAGGGAAGUGUUGCUUCAGGAACAAGAAGGGUAAGAUGAAAGUUGCUGGUAAGCUGAAAGCUGAACCACAGAAAAAUGACGAGGAUUUGAGCUCGGACGAAGAGUCAAAGAGGAGAAAACCCGACGUCGUGAUUGUCAAUGCUCUGAACCACCUCUUGGAAAAAACUCUUAAAAAGAACGUUGUACCCAGCGAGAAGCGUUUGGUUGUGGCAAUUCACCUGGGCAAUUCGGACGACGAGCGGUGCGCCUUCACGCACUCGAUGACUGCCAUGGACGCGGCUGCGUGGAUGCUGUUGAACCUGCGUCGCGACUACUCAGAAUUGAUCUUCCUGGUCCCUUAUUUCAUAACAAUGAAGAAGAUCGUCUUCCCUGCCACCAACUCCAUGGAGCAGAUUUUGAAGCUGUUUAAAGCAACCCCAGAAAUAUUCUCCCCUACGAAGCAUAAACUAAAGAUCGGUGAUCCGAUUGAGUGGGCGAUCAAUUUUUGCGGCCCUGAUUUUGAGGUGGACGCGUUCGUCGUCAUCACGCCCUCGCUGCACGACUGGUCCGAGAGGGACGAAGCAACCCACCUGAACUUCCUCGAAGAAUUCCACUCUCUGCAGAGGGGAAAGCAGAAGGCCAAGCUGGCCGUUUGUGUGCUGACGAAGGUGUUUGGGGACCGUGCCCAGCCACCACGCUCGCCCCACACGAUGGAAUUCACCGGCUUUGACGCCCACACUCUCUUCAUGCUGAAUAAGUUCAUCAGUGGCGCCUUCGACGACAAAGAAGUCCUUUCGAAAAGCUCCUACAAGAAUAAGUCCUCCCUGCUGAGCACUACUCAAGUUACUUCUCCAUAAAGUUUGCGAAAUGCGCGCUCCUUAAUUUAUAUUGCGGAUUAAAAACCAUCAAAUUAAUGGUUCAAUAAUCUGUUUAUUUUCAGUUUAAUUAUAAUAUCGCAACGCUAUAAAGCCUGUGUUGAAUUUUCUUCUGGUUUGAAGAAAUGCCUUUUCAUUGAAAAUAAUUGCUGCUCAACUAACAUAUAUGUGUUACCUUUAUAUACAAAUUGCAUGUAUUCUUUCGGUAUCAAUUAUUUUUCAAUAAAAGUUUUCAAAAAUUGAUAAAAUAU